AUGAAUCGUUCCAUUGACCCCUGUGAGGAUUUUAAUGGCUAUGCCUGUGGCAAUUGGGGCCGGAGCCAUGUGCAAAAGGAUUUUCAUAAAAAUUUGGAGGAAUUUUUAAAAUAUAAUUACACCAUACGCAUGAUGGAGGUAGUGAUGAAAAAAUAUCCGAAGAACGAAUUGCUGGAGAAGAUGAAGAAUAAGGAUGGCGAGGUGGUGAAGGAGAAGCAGACGGCCCUGGAAAAAGCAGCGAUGUAUUUGCAUUCCUGUUUGAAAAUCAAAACUGUGGAGGUCGUGAAGUACCUGUACGAAAUUACCCCUGGGGAGGAUUUACGGUGGCCUUUGUUGAAUGAGAGUGACAGGGGAAAUUGGUCGAAUUUCAAGCCCUUUGAAUUACUGGGUAAACUGCACAGCUAUGGUUUCACCUCAGAGAUUUUGGAACAAACCACUGUGCGGAGAAAUGGCAGCAUUUGGACGGUCAUUACCAUACCAGACCCCAGUGAAUUUGACGAGAGGAGUGUGGAAAAAAUUUUACAGGACCUCAAACUACCAGCAGAGGUUGGGCGCCAUCACUUGCAGGAGUUACGCAGCACCCAUGAUUAUUGGCAGGCUGCCUAUGCAGAUUAUGCCGAUUUUGGGGAAAGUGAAAAUCUAUUUUCCCACCAAGAUAUUCAACAAUCCAAUCCGGAAUUGUGGGGAUUUUUGGAAAUCAUACUACCCGAAAAAUUGCGGGAUAAUGAUGCUCUGGUGGUCCUGCCCUUUUGGGAUUAUAUUGAAUUUGUAUCAAACCGGCAAUGGAAUAACGUCGAAGAAAAUCAAAAAUUUUGCAAUUAUUUAAUGGUCAGAUUUUUAUUACAUCUCAAGAGAACUUCGAACACCAUUUGCUUGGAAACCGUGCAGGAACGUAUGCAUUUGGCCUAUAAUUACCUUUACUAUCAGGAAUUUUAUUUGCCUCGAGGUAGAGAAAUUUCCAAGGAUAUUGCGGAUCUGAAUAAAAUCAUUUAUAAAAGUUUCAUGAGACUUGUGCAGGAAAAUCGCCUAAAUAUGACUGGCGAACAACUCCAAGCAAUACGGAAAAUGUUGGCAAACAUCACCCUAAAUAUUGGAAAUUUACCGGAGGGUAUUACCCUCAACGAAGUGGAGAAAUUUUACGAUCUUCUCCCCAAUUUAGACAGCGACAAUUUCUAUGCCAAUGAUUUGCUGGUAAUGCAGCAUCGCACCCUAGAGCCCAUUAUCUGUCCUACCACCAUGGAUUGCGGACAAAAAUUAGCCACUUCCCCCCGAUAUUUACCUGAACAAGAUUUACUUGUUAUACCCUUUGCCUCACUGCACAGUCCCAUCUAUGAGCUACAUAUGGAUCCCCUGUUCACAAUUUCAUCUUUGGGUUUCCUUCUCGCCCAUGAGCUCUCACACAGUAUAGAUAGCCUGGGUCUAAUUGCCGAUGAUACCUAUGGUCACCUAUUUCAAAAUAUUAUGGACCAACCCGAAAUUAAGGACUCCAUUAAUUGUAUAAAACAACAACAAGAACCCUCGACGGUGGAAGUUAGUGAAACCCUAGCCGAUUUGGUGGCCGUUCGCAUAGCCUAUCGUUCGUAUAUACGAGAAUAUAAUAGGCAACCCCAAUUCACCAGCACCAGCACCACCACCACCACCCCUAUACCAUGGAGACAAUUAUUUUUCCUAAAUUUAGGUCAAAUGUUAUGCUCACAGCCAUUAUCGCGAAAUGGUGGUCAACGUUUAAAUCAAAUUGCCAUUAAUACGCCGGCAUUCUCCAGGGCCUUUCAGUGUUCCGAUGAUAGCCGCAUGAAUGCCAAACAAAAAUGUCGGUUCUAUUAG